GGCUCGAGUAAACGUUGCCAAGAGAAUGCACGCCACUGGACGGGCGGAAGUCUACAAGGGCAGAAACCAGCACGGUUUCCAUGAUAAAUUCUACAGGUACUACCUGUUCGUGCGAGCCAACACGAACGGCACGUACGACGUCUUCCUGGCCUACGUCUGUCGCAAAGAAGAAUUCGACUUUUUCAUGGCUGUCAAAAGGUGCAUCGCGGGGACCCUGAACGUGGCGAAAAGCUUGCCUGACAUCAUCUGGAAGAAGUUGGCAGGGGACUCAAAGGUCGCCCAGGCCAUCACAGAAGGGGUCAUCGGUGAUGGUUCUCAGGCGGUUAGAGCUCCGAAGUAUGGCGGCAUCCCGAACGACCUCGGCGACAAGCUGAUGGAGUUUGAGUUCGUGGAGAGUCUGAUCGAGCGAGGGACUCUGGUUCCCGAGAACGAGGAGGGCACCCAGUUCAAACUCGUCAUCUGUUAGGUCCUCGUUAUCUGUUAAGUCAUGAGAUUCGGUCACAUAGGUCGCGCGAUCGUCAUACCAUCACUAACUUGGGGCAUUCCAGAGGACAAUCAUGUAACGUUAAGUCUCUUGCGAAGUUCAACUGUCUUUGUACACAAAAUGCUGUUUUAGAUCCAUGUCGGUUGUUGGUUCUGUCACGAAAAACUGUCGACCCUAGCCUUUUUAGGGUGGUGUGAGUGCGGG